AUGUCGUCGUCGUCCUUGUCCAAGGCCAGAUUCGAGGGUAAAGGAGGAGGAGGAGCAGGCGGAUCCGGGAGAUCCAUAUCGCUGGCCGCCUCCAGGGCCAAGCUCGCCGCCGCCACCGCCGCCGCCAAGAAAGCCGCUACUACAGCUAGCGGCCGGGGCAAGGCCAAGGCCAAGGCCAAGAAGGUCUUCUCCCUCACCGGCCAGAAGUUCGACACCCCAGAGGAGAGGGAGCCCCUGAGGAUCUUCUACGAAUCGCUCUCCAAGCAGAUCCCAUCCAGCGACAUGGCCGAAUUCUGGUUAAUGGAGCAUGGGCUGUUAUCUCCGGAGAGAGCCAAGAAAGCCUAUGACAGAAAGCUCAAACGGCAGCAGCAGAUCAAAUCAGGGACCCCCAUCAAGUCGCCAAAUUCCACCACUGUCACCAAACACAAACCUGCAGAGAGCUGGAAGAAACCGGUACCACUGGUUUCUUCUUCUUCCACAGCGCGUCACAACACAGAUCAUUCCGCCGCCAAGGCCAAGAGAAGAGUUGAGUACAGCAGCGACGAUGACCACGACGACAAAGAAUUCGUUGUCAAGCUCAAGAGACCCAAUUUCAACUCCAACUCCAAUUCCAAUUCCAGGGGUGGCUGA